GCCAUGGAUGGAGCCAUGGAUGGAGCCAUGGAUGGAGCCAUGGAGCUCGAGGAGGGGCUGGCACCGUCCUCAUCCUCGUCCUGGUCCGGCCCCGCGGCGCGGGCGCGGAAAUCCCGCAGGAGCCGCUCCAACGGCGACGCCAAAAAGGCUCCCGGCAGCUCCCGCGUCACGCGCAGCUCCGGCCGGCAGCCGUCCGUGCUCAGCCUCCUGUCCAAAGGGUCCAACAAGCGGAAAUCGGAGGAGGUGAACGGGGAGGUGAAGCCGGAGCUGAUGAACGUGGACAAGGAGGAGGAGGAGCUGGAGGAGAAGGAUCAAGAUGAGAAAAGGAUGAAAAUGGAAACCAAAGAUGGGUCAGAAAUCAAAGAUGAAAUCCCUCAGGUUAAAAUCAGUGCUCCUGCUAAAACCACCCCCCCAAAAUGCCUCGACUGCCGGCAGUACCUGGACGACCCCGACCUCAAAUUCUUCCAAGGGGACCCCGAUGAUGCCCUGGAGGAACCGGAGAUGCUGACGGACGAACGUUUGUCCAUCUUCGACGCCAACGAGGACGGCUUCGAGAGCUACGAGGACCUUCCCCAGCACAAAGUCACCUCCUUCAGCGUUUAUGACAAGAGGGGACAUCUGUGUCCCUUCGACACCGGCCUCAUCGAGAGGAACAUCGAGCUCUACUUCAGCGGCGUCGUCAAACCCAUCUACGAUGACAACCCCUGCCUGGACGGUGGGGUGAGAGCCAAGAAGUUGGGGCCCAUCAAUGCCUGGUGGAUCACGGGAUUCGACGGAGGGGAGAAGGCUCUGAUCGGCUUCAGCACGGCCUUUGCCGAUUACAUCCUGAUGGAGCCGAGCGAGGAGUACGCGCCCACCUUCGCGCUGAUGCAGGAGAAGAUUUACAUGAGCAAGAUCGUGGUGGAGUUCCUGCAGAACAACCGCCACGUCAGCUACGAGGACCUGCUCAACAAGAUCGAGACCACGGUGCCGCCGGCCGGGCUCAACUUCAACCGUUUCACGGAGGACUCUCUGCUGCGCCACGCCCAGUUCGUGGUGGAGCAGGUGGAGAGCUAUGACGAGGCCGGCGACAGCGACGAGCCCCCGGUGCUCAUCACGCCCUGCAUGAGGGACCUCAUCAAACUGGCCGGCGUCACCCUGGGCAAGAGCACCGGUCACCCCUGUCUGUGUCCGUGUGUCCAUCAGGGCGGGCUGGACACCGAGAUCAAGGUGGUGGAGGACGACGGCCGCACCUUCUUCUACCAGAUGUGGUACGACCAGGAGUACGCGCGCUUCGAGAGCCCGCCCGCGGCGCCCCCCUCCGACGACAACAAGUACAAGUUCUGCAUGAGCUGCGCUCGCCUGGACGAGGUGAGGCACAAGGAGAUCCCCAAGGUGGCCGAGCCUUUGGAGGAGGCCGACGGUAAAAUGUUCUACGCCGUGGCCACCAAGAACGGCGUCCAGUACCGCGUGGGCGACGGCGUUUACCUGCUGCCCGACGCCUUCUCCUUCAGGUCAGGAGUGCCCAUCCCCGCAGGGAAAGGCAAAGGGAAGGCUGUGGGGGCGGAGCAGAGUGAGCAGGAGCCGGCCCAGCUCCAGGUGCCCAAGCUCCGCACCCUGGACGUGUUCUCCGGCUGUGGGGGCCUCUCCGAGGGAUUCCACCAGGCAGGAGUGUCAGAGACGCUCUGGGCCAUCGAGAUGUGGGAGCCGGCGGCGCAGGCGUUCCGGCUCAACAACCCCGGCACCACGGUGUUCACCGAGGACUGCAACGUGCUGCUCAAGCUGGUGAUGGCAGGAGAGAAAACCAAUUCCUUGGGCCAGAAACUGCCCCAGAAGGGCGAUGUGGAGAUGCUCUGUGGUGGCCCCGCCGGCCAGUACGGCGUGGCCCAGACUCGCCGCCGCGCCAUCGUGCUGGCGGCCGCGCCGGGCGAGCGCUUGCCGCUGUUCCCCGAGCCCCUGCACGUGUUCGCCCCCCGCGCCUGCCAGCUCAGCGUCGUGGUGGACGACAAGAAAUUCGUCAGCAACAUCACCCGGACGUACUCGGGGCCGUUCCGCACCAUCACCGUGCGCGACACCAUGUCCGACCUGCCCGAGAUCCGCAACGGCGCCUCCGCCCUGGAGAUCUCCUACAACGGCGAGCCCCAGUCGUGGUUCCAGCGCCAGAUCCGCGGCUCCCAGUACCAGCCCAUCCUCAGGGAUCACAUCUGCAAGCGAGUGGAGAUUUAUGGGCCAGGGAAGCCGUGCGACCCGGCCGACCGGCAGUUCAACACGCUCAUCCCGUGGUGCCUCCCGCACACCGGCAACCGGCACAACCACUGGGCCGGCCUCUACGGGCGCCUCGAGUGGGACGGCUUCUUCAGCACCACCGUCACCAACCCCGAGCCCAUGGGCAAGCAGGGCCGGGUGCUGCACCCCGAGCAGCACCGCGUGGUCAGCGUGCGCGAGUGCGCCCGAUCCCAGGGCUUCCCCGACACCUUCCGGCUCUUCGGCAACAUCCUGGACAAGCACAGACAGGUGGGUAACGCGGUGCCACCUCCCCUGGCCAAGGCCAUCGGGCUGGAGAUCAAGGCCUGCGCUGUGGCCAAACUGCGCCAGGACACGGCCGGGCCCCGCGUGGCGCCGCAGGAGCCGAUGGAAGCGGCCGGCUGA